AUGUUGGACACCUUUGAGAUCCUGACCACCUCGGGAGUCGUCCUCUGGUCCAGGUCCUAUGCGAACGUCAACCCAGCCGUCAUCAACACCUUCAUCUCGGAUGUGUUUGUGGAAGAGAAGAGCUCCGCUGCCGGCGCAAGCAAGCACUCCUCGGCAGCGACCAACUCCCCUUACAAGGCCGACCAGCAUACACUGAAAUGGGCCUUUGUCAAGGAGCUCGGCAUCAUCUUCGUGGCAGUCUAUCGAUCUCUUCUGCAUCUCCAAUGGAUUGACGACCUUGUGGACCACAUCAAGACUAUAUUCGUCAAGCUGUACGGCGACCAGCUGACCCGGCCAAAUACCACCAUUAUCGAGUGCGAGAGCUUUGACGAGUACUUCAAUCAGCAACUCCAGGAACUCGAAGGCGCCGGAGCCACAACGGCCGAAGCCCGUGGCUCACGCAAAGAAGCAAGCCUUGAGAAGGAGCAGCUAGAUCCGCCGGGGUUGGUACACCGAAAUGUGGCGAAGGACGACAUUUCGCCGGGCAUCACGGCUUCGCCUGCAUCACGGCCGAUCACACCGAGCGGCAAAAGCCAUCUUGUUGUAGCCAAGGCCGGUCCAGUUGCGAAAAUGUCCAGAAGGGCGCGCAAGGCUCAGCAGCAGAGCAACUCCGCCCCUGCCUCGUCGGGCGAUGAGUCUCCCGCCCGGAGGGCAAAGGGGGCCAAGGGCGGAAAGAAAGGAAGAAAGUGGGAUGCUGAUGGCCUCGCUGAUGAGGAGGAUGACGUGCAGCUUGACUACUCGGCCCAGGCGAUCACAAGCGAGAGCGAGGCGGAAGGCUUGGCCCGCUCGACGGCGCUGGAAGAGGUCGAUUCCUCAACCUGGGGCCAAACGACCAAAGGAAAGUUCGUGCUCAGAGAUCUCGGCGACGAAGUGCACUCCAUCCUGGCGUCAGCCGAAGCCGAAAACGCGGCAUCCAAGACAGAGUCCUCGUCUGGCCUUCUGGGGACUGGGCUCAACACCAUCUCCGGCUUGUUCCGAAACGUAGUCGGCGGUAAGACCCUGACGAAAGAGGAUUUGGACAAAGCCAUGAAGGGCAUGGAGGAUCACCUGUUGCGGAAGAAUGUCGCGCGGGAAGCUGCCGUCCGUCUGUGUGAGGGCGUGGAGAAAGAGCUGGUCGGUGUCAAGACCGGAAGUUUCGAGAGCAUAAACUCUAGGAUACGAAGUGCCAUGGAGAGCUCUUUGACCAAGAUGCUGACACCCACCUCUUCGCUCGACCUUCUUCGGGAGAUCGACUCGGUCACUUCACCCCCGGCAACUUCUUUACGAAAGCGAAGGCCCUAUGUCAUCUCUAUCGUCGGAGUCAACGGCGUCGGAAAGUCAACGAACCUGUCCAAGAUCUGUUUCUUCCUGCUCCAGAACAAGUACAAGGUCUUGAUUGCGGCCGGUGACACGUUCCGCUCUGGUGCCGUUGAGCAGCUGGCUGUUCAUGUGAACAACCUGAAAGAGCUGACGAAGAGAGAGGGCGGUCGAGUCGAACUGUACCAGAAGGGUUACGGCAAAGAUGCGGCAGCUGUCGCAAAAGAUGGGGUGAACUUUGCCGCGCAGGAGGGCUUUGAUGUUGUCCUUAUUGACACCGCUGGACGGAGGCAUAAUGAUCAGAGACUGAUGUCGUCGUUGGAGAAAUUUGCCAAGUUUGCGCAGCCCGACAAGAUCCUCAUGGUCGGCGAGGCUCUCGUUGGCACGGAUUCGGUUGCGCAAGCUCGAAACUUCAACGCCGCGUUCGGCUCAGUCCGGUCCCUGGAUGGAUUCAUCAUCUCCAAAUGCGACACGGUGGGCGACAUGGUGGGAACACUGGUCAGCCUGGUUCACGCAACGAAUGUGCCCGUCUUAUUUGUCGGCGUGGGCCAGCACUAUUCUGAUCUACGAAACUUCUCUGUGAAAUGGGCGGUCGAGAAACUUCUCGGCAACAACUAA